UAAGCCCCGCCUUCGACACCGCCCCUCUCGUCUCUAUUGGCUGAAAGUGUGACUCACAACCCAGAUGAACACACGAGCUCAUGAGCGUUCCAAACUUUGAGAUAUUGAUGUGUAAUUCAUAAAGUUUCGAUCAGAAUGGACGGGCUGUUUCGAUGGACGUGUCCUCUGCUGUUCUUCUGCGGCUGUUUGCCGUGCCCCGUUUUUGCUCGUCCACCCGACUCGCCCCCUCUCCUCACCCACCUUCCCUUUUCCGCCGUAUGGAACGCACCUACCGAACGCUGUGCGUCUCAAUUCGGGGUCGACCUGGACUUGAGCGUCUUUGACAUCGUCCACAACCAGGACGAGGUGUUCAUGGGCGACAACGUCACCAUUUUCUACGCCAAUAAGUUGGGACGGUAUCCAUACUACGAUCCUCUCGAUGAGCCGGUGUACGGAGGAGUUCCUCAGAACGCCAGCCUCAGCGAGCAUCUCCGAAAGGCCGCAGACGAUAUGCGGACGGACAUCCCCGAUCCUGGCUUUUACGGGCUGGCCAUCAUCGACUGGGAAAAGUGGAGGCCGCUUUGGGAGCGGAAUUGGGAGUCUAAGCAAGUGUACUGGCUGGGGUCCAAAGCUUUAGUGAAGGCCAAACAUCCUCACUGGACUCCGGAUCAAAUAGAAACUCAAGCCGUGAAAGAGUUCGAAGGGGCUUCACGGAAUUUUAUGGAGGAGACGUUGAAACUGGGCCUCGGGGGGCGUCCUGGAGGAUUGUGGGGCUUUUACGGUUUCCCCUGCUGUUAUAAUUAUCAGUACAAGAAGAACGAAACGUACACGGGCGAGUGUCCACCUCUGGAGAUGGAGAGGAAUGAUAAACUGACAUGGCUGUGGAACGUCAGCACGGCUCUCUACCCGAACGUGUAUCUGGAUCUGCUGCUGCGGGGUCGUGAUCGUGAUGUCAUGCUGUACAGCCGCUAUCGCAUCCUGGAGGCCAUGAGGGUGAGACGGCCAACCGGCACCCGCAGCCUGCCGGCUGUCUUCCCUUACGCCAGGAUCGUCUACACAUACUCCAUGGAGUUUAUCUCACAGGUGGAUUUGGUUCACACUAUCGGUGAGAGUGUCGCUCUGGGAGCUGCAGGCGUUGUCCUCUGGGGAGAUGAUAACUACUCCAGAACAAAGGACACCUGUGAAGCGGUUCAGAGUUACCUGAACGACACGCUCGGCCGUUACAUCGUGAACGUGACGCAGGCGGCAUUUCUCUGCAGCCGGAUGCUGUGUUCAUCUCAGGGCCGAUGUGUUCGGAGGGACCCGAGCGCUGACGUCUACCUGCACCUCGACCCGUCCGUAUGGUCCAUCAUUCACAGAUCUCAGCUGUCAGGACCCGUCACCGUCGGUCCGUCUUUUGUAGCUUACAGGAGGAGGAGGACGGUCCAGAGAGAAACCAGUUUCUCCACGGCAGAGUUUAAAUGUCAGUGUUUUCCAGGCUGGGAAGGCGAGCGAUGCCAGAAACCAGCCUCUUCUACAUUAGACAGCUGAUCUCAGGACAGCAUCACGGGUUCAGCCUCACAGGGGAUGAAAGUGAACAAGCGCUGGUCACGUUGGACAAUGAGAAAUCAGCAAGAGAAGUAGUUCUGCAUUUAAAUAUUGAAUAGACCAAACUAUAAAUAUAUAUAUGAAGAGUUUGGUUCCAAAAUGAGAUAACUCGAGUUCAAAAAUCAUGUUUUUUUGUAUUGUGCAUUCCAGUUAAUAUCAAUCAAACUGCAGUUGGUUUGAUUUGAUUUAAGGCAUAAUAACAAAACAAAAACAUGUGUCUAACUAACACUAUAAAAACAUGAUAACAUAAUAAAAAAUAUGAUUUUUGAAAAAAAAAUGUAAAACAGAGUUAUCUCAUUUUGGAACCAAAGUCUUCAUAUAUGUAGCCUAAACAUUUCAAUCUGCUUCAAAUGUACAUUAUAAACAUUAAAAUGUCAUUCUGAUUGACCUCAGACACAUUGAUGAAGGUGUUUUUGCAAAGAUGUUUUCAGUCUGAUGAAUGAUUUCAUGUAAAUGUGGUUAUUGACUCUUCUUGUGUUUGAGGGCAAAGCUAAAUGAUAUGCGUCUGUGAGCUGGUGAUUUUACAAAAAGGGACACGCGUCACAACUUUCAGUUCUGGGGUGAAUAAUGUGCUGGAAAUCAAUUCUAGAAGAAUUUAAAUAAAACGUUUG